GUGAGAUGAAAGGCAGAAAGGGAUAGGAACUGGUUGAAUGGACACAGGAAAUCUGGGGUGGAAUGGAGGAGUGUGCUGUCACAUUAUAGGGAUAGUAACUAGAGUCACAUAACAAUGUGUGUAUAAAUUUUUGUAUGAGAAAUUAAUCUGAGCUGUAAACUUUCACCUAAAGCACAAUAAUAUAUAUAUAUUUCAGUUGUUGAGAGUUCUAAAGGAAAACAUAUGUAUAAAUUACUCAUUUAGCUACAAAGAUUUUCAAAUUUCUAAUUUUUACUGUUUUUCUUUCAAAACAGAUCUUGUUCUUCUUCCCUCUGUCAUCUUUUUUUAAUUAUAAAUCAUGAGGGACGAAGAUAAAGCAGUUGAAUGUUCAGAUUCAGAACCUUCCACAGAGGUGAGUCACACAGCCUCUGCUCAUCAAGAAACUUGAUGAGGUAAAUCUCAUCAAGAGGAGACAGUUAUGAACCUCAGGAGUAUAGAUGGAAAUGAACCAACCGAAGAACGUAACCUGAAUAGCAGUGAAAAAAAGCUACAAGAAACACCAACUGCAUCAAAUCAUCUGCAGAGACUGAGACAAGCAUUUGCUUGCCCUCCACAUGGAUUACUGGCUAGAAUAAUAACAAAUGGCAUGCUGCUUACUGGGUUUCUCAUCAGAAAUAUCCCAGGCAUCAGUGAUUUUCUGCUCAUCGAGUACAAGUUGUCUUCCUUUUUGAGAAGCGCAGCCCUGUCUAUCAUGUUGGUUCAUGCCGGCCUUAGACUGGAUUCACAGGCCCUGAUGAAGCUGAAGGGUGUCUACGUGAGACUAUCCAUGGGUCCUUGUCUUGUGGAGGCAGGCACUUCUGCUCUUCUUGCCCACUUCCUAAUGGGUUUACCAUGGCGAUGGGGAUUUAUACUGGGUUUUGUUUUAGGCGCUGCAUCUCUAGCCAUUGUGGUGCCUUCAAUGCACUGUUUGCAGGAAGAAGGCUAUGGUGUUAAAAAAGAUGUCCCGACCUUACUCAUGGCUGCCGGCAGCUUCAAUGACAUCCUAGCCAUCACGGGCUUUUACUCCUGCUUGGGCAUAGCAUUUUCCACAGGCUCCACAAUUUUUAAUGUCCUCAGGGGAAUUUUGGAAGUGGUAAUCGGUGUGGCAGCUGGAUCUCUUCUUGGAAUUUUUAUUCGUUACUUUCCAAGCAGUGACCAGUGGAUUCUUGAGUGCAAGAGAGCAGUCCUUGUUUUGGGGUUCUCUAUGCUAGCCGUUUUCAGCGGCGUGCAUUUUGGUUUCCCUGGGUCAGGAGGAAUGUGCUCAUUGGCCAUGGCCUGCAUUGCAGGCACGGGAUGGACAACCAAAAAGGAAGAGGCUAAAAGAAUUAAAGAUGCCUGGAUCAUUUUUCAGCCCCUUCUUUUUGGACUGAUUGGAGCAGAGAUGUCUAUUGCAUCUCUCAGACCAGAAACUGUUGGGUGCAUUAGGACCUGUGGCUUUGGACAUAGCAAGAACAUAUGGAGACACACAACUGGAAGACUGUGGAAUGGCUGUGUUGACAGUGGCAUUUUUAGCCAUCCUUAUUACAGCCCCAAUUGGAAGUCUCCUUAUUGGCUUGCUGGGCCCCAGGCUUCUCCAAAAAGCUGA